GCUUAACAGCUUUAUUUAUCUUCAGAUUUUGGCUUAUUACUGUGAUCUUUGUGGUAUGAACAUAAUUAUUUUUUUAAACCUGAAAAAGACUUUAAGAAGAACUUUUUAAAAAUCAAUAUUCCUAUUUUAUAAUUUUGGAUACUUUAAGAUGUUAUAAGUAAUGUACUAUUGACAGGCACUGGAAGAAAGAUUAAAAGUAAUUUUAAUCUAUUUAUGUUAACAUGGUACAUUACAUUACAUUACAGGCAUUUGGCGGACGCUCUUAUCCAGAGCGGUAUACACCAAAGUGUAUAACCAAAACCAGGAACAAGCAUGUUGAAAACCCUAGAGGAAAGUACAGUUCCAAGUGCGGGGAACGACUGCAUAGUUUAACUUGGACCCUGUAGGUUAAUCUGAUUAACACAACAAAAACAGCAACAAAGCAGUCUAUGCAAAUAAAACAAGCAAUAGUUAUUGCACUAGUGCCUACUCAACUAAGCCAACUAAGAUAAACAGCUUACCUAGCUACAACCCUAAGAUUACAUAGUCAAUUAGAGACUACAGGGAGGUAGGGAGGGAUGGGGAGAGGUGUAGCCUGAAGAGGUGAGUCUUCAGUCAUCGUUUGAAGGUGGUCAGGAUCUCAGCUGUUCUGACUUCCAUGGGAAGGUCAUUCCACCAUUGUGGAGCUAAGACUGACAGGAGACGUGACCAGGAAGGGCAAGUGCGAAGAGGGUGAGGGGCCAGGCGUCCUGAGGUAGCGGAACGGAGGGGUCUGGCUGGCAUGUAGGGUUUGAAGAUCUUGUGGAGGUAUGCUGGGGCUGAUCCCAUAUGGUAUAUACAGAUGGGUGACAAAUUAAAGAAUAAACCUGGAUAAAUGAGUGAAGAAACAUAAAAAAUGCAGACGCUUCUAUACAGGCCUACUGCAAGAUACAAUUAAGCAAUUAACAUCCUAUCAUGCACAGUGGCAUGUAUAAAAAUGCUGUGCAGACCCAGUUGAUCUCAAUUUUGGAUCAAGAUGCCAGGAGCUUCAGUGACAAAAGUGACUUCUGCAUUUAGAUAUAAGGAAGACUCAGUAAAUAGGGUUGGAAAUUGUGGUAGAAAGCACGUAUAAGGAAAAACAGAUGAGUAACUUCCUCAGGUGACUGAGAAUGGGAAUGCAGGACAUCCGUCUGCAGUUACAUUGAGAUUAUAGUAGGGGUGCAGUGCAUAAAACACUCAUUACAAAGACGAAUGCACAUCUGAUCACCUUUAUCAUAUGAUGAAACAUUUCUAUCCUGAUGGGAGUGGUGCCUUCCAGGAUGACAAUGCCCUCAUCCACAGGCCCUGAGGGGUCACUGAAUGGUUUGCUGAGUAUGAAAAUGAUGGGAAUCAUAUGGCCUUCAUAGUCACCAGAUUUCAACCCAAUUGAACAUCCAUGGGAGAUUUUGGGCCAAUGUGUUAGACAGCACUCUCCACCACCAUCAUCAAUUGAUACAAUAAAUCAUGUAUCAAGGGCUAAUACAAUUAUGAGACUCCAUUUAUACUUCUUAUUCAAUAAUACAUUUAAAAAAAAUAAAAAAUUAGGAUUUAAUGAAGGUCAAACAUUGUUAGUGAGUCCACCUUUCAGAUUACCACCAUCACUGUUGGCAUUGAUUUCAGCUUAAUCAACACCUCACUUUCUCCCAGAACUUCCUCAUUACUUCCCAUGGAUGAUCUGUUGAUGUUACUUGAUGUUUGGCCUCUUCUUUCUUGGGCAGCUCUCAUAGAUCUUCAGUUGGGUCCAGAGACUGCCAUGGGAAGGCCACCCUAAUAAGCUCCCCUAGUUCUCAAAAAUGAGUGAAUUCUUGAAUAAGGAGUGUAACUGGAAUGUCAUAAUUGCAUCAUUCCUUGAUAAGCAGUACAUGGAAAAAUUCAUAACACGCAAAUUUUUUUAUCAGUAAACACUUCCCUACAAUCUCCAGAAUUACAACCACAGCAAGAGAAUCAGCAUUGUGCUUCAAAUGCAAUACCGACACAUGCAGGCGUAUGGGGGUCUGCUACAUCAUAUAAAACUCCAAAGCAGGGAGGACACAAAAAAGUAAACAGAAACAGAAGUAAAGCCUUCCGAGAUCUCUGUGCAGCAAAGAAAAAACUAAAAAAUGUCAUACAGGUGGGAAGUCUGAAUAAGUAUAAAAGCACACAACAGACUGUCAGAAGCAUAAUUCAGUGCAAUCCCCAAGAGCAACAUCAAUAAAAAUGAAUGAAUGAAUGAAUAAGGGUUACAAAGUGAACUGUUUGUUCUCUUAAGUGUGUUGUCUUAAGUUUGCACACAAAUGAAGAGUUGAGUUUAGUUUCCAUAUGUUGGGAGCAGGCAGUCAACCAAGAAAGAAGUUCACAUCUUAAGCUAACUAAGAAUUAUUGAUGUUUUAUAAACAAACUUGCUAUGCAAAUAUUUUAUCCGAGUGUCACUAUCAACGUCAUGACCAGUAUCACCACCACAGGACUGUAAUCACCAUCGCAAUGCAAAUUUUUAACUUCUAAAGUUACCAUCUCGAAUAUUUCCAUUUCGUUCUCUUUGGCGGUACCAAUGGUGAGAAACGGUAAUUGCAGGUGUGUUUUUGGACCUCACUUCCCAUAGAUCCAACCGGAUCCAACCAGUGUCGCCUGUGUGACGUCAGUCAGUUGGCACCUGGGCCACGCCAAAUAUAACACUAUUUACUGAAUGAAUGGUUGUUAUAAAAGUAACGUUAUGUACAUACUCAUGUGUUGUCUAACAUUAGGCUAACUUAAACUGUCUUUACACUGCCGAGCCGGGUUAAAAUGCUGUAGCAGACAUGGGGUAGAAUUAGUGAUGAUCAAUUUCCACAAACGUUCUUUAUCUUUUCGCCCGGUAUGAACAUCUUUACACUGCAGAGAAGAAUUCUCGGGAUUCGCUGUGGCUCCUCCAAUUAUGUAUCUCGUGCACAAUAAACAGUCUUUUUCAUGAAUGAUUGUUGUGUGAUAUUUUUGAAACAACUGCCUUGCAACAACUGCCCUGGUGUUUAUGGUUUUGCUAGCUAAACUGUUCGAGAAUAAAGCUGAGCUGGGUGUUAAAUUAGCAAUCAGAACAAGAAGAAUAAAACAAAAACGAAGGACAUUUCAUCAAGAAAGGGAACCAAGGCUGAAGGAACAUAUGAGGAAGCGUAAUAGAAUACUAACAACGCUAAUCCAUACUUCCGUAUUCUUUUAUUUAGUUUUCUCCAGCUUGACAUCUUUACACAGAAAUCAGACCUGGCUCUGCUCCACUUAUAUCCCGGCUUUAUUCCGAUCAUUAUAAAAUAUUGAUGAACUUGAUGGCAAUGUAAAUAACGGUAACGUUAAGGCCAGUUCAGAUCAAUGAUUCGCAACGAGACGAAACGGUUUUAGAAUGUUGCAGAGAAAAUUGCAGCGGUGUGAACUGGUUAGUUCAGAGCCGUUGCCUGCCCUGGGGUCUCAGAAGACCCGCCUUAUCAAAUCGCCAAGUGCAGUUUUAGAACGUUUACAAUCAGACGUCUUGGAAUUUUGCAAGUUGCAUCCAGUCUCGUUGCGAAUCAUUGAUCUGAACUGGCCUUUAGUUAGCUACACUGCAACGUUGCAGCAAGGUAGCAUUGUAUUCGAGAGAUUUUUUCCCGGGAAUGUCGCCACAGACACCCAGUUCUUUUAUCCUAAAUAAUAAUAAUAAUAAUAAUAAUAAUAAUAAUAAUAAUAAUAAUAAUAAUAAUUAUUAUUAUUAUUAUUAAUAUAAUAAUAGGCUCAAUCACCAUUGUGUUGCCUAAUUCGGCGAUAGAUAGUGACUUAACAGACAUUUAUUUUAAUGAAAAUCUUCGAGAUUAAUACUUUAAAUUGUGCUAUGUUACAAGUUACAUAAACUGGCUCAUAAUUUUGGCAAUUGUUAUUCAUCACUUGCAUGAAAAUAGAAUUGAUAAAAAUGUAAAUGUAUGUUCCAUGUAAGAGUGACUAAAUAAAGUACAGAUCGUGACAAUCCCAUCCUUGAAAAUCAUGUUGAGACUACAUGGGAAAAAUAAAUACAUAAAACAAUGUAUCUAUUAACAUUAAAUACUUUUAAAGCAUGAUUUGUCAUUUUGUAGGUAUUUCCUAAUUUUAUUUUUUGGUGUGAUGGUGAUUUUUCCUUUGCAUGUUCAGAAAACUGCCAAAAAAAAUAAUAAUAAUAAUUUGCAUGUGUGUUCUAAAUCAAGUUCAGGAAAUGUUUGCUCUAAAUAUGACAACUAAUUUAAUACAUGGAAAUAUGAGGCAAGCGUGGCACUGUUAUUUCCACAAAUUCCAGCGACCCAAUUUGGCUUAUAUUCUAUUAUAUUAUAUUAUUAUAUUAUAUUAUAAGAAACACCCUUAUGCGCAUACACGACACAUUUACUUCCAUUUUUUAUUUCUGACAUUUAUUUUACUUGUCUAUACGAACAGCAUUUGAGGUUGAGGGGGAGGGCAAUGGGGUUCGUCACGGUGGUUAAUCUUUUCGUUUAACAUGUCAUGGAGGGAAACGAAAUUCACCUCGUCAGACGUGGCACAACUGUUUAAUUUCGUUUAUUGCUUCCGUAUUUACUUCCAGUAAUCACUCAUUUCAUUCAAAAGGUGUUCUGGUAGGUUCACGAGGUGCUGUAGUAGCCUACGUUUUAAAGACGCUUCAGAAAGAAACUGGUUGUCAUUACUGCUUACAACAUGGAACCACUAUCUGUCUAUCACGGAGCUAUCACCAAGGACGCCACAGAGAGACUUCUCAGUUUAUCGGGAAAAGACGGCAGCUUCUUAAUACGAAACAGCGAGACCAUACCUGGAGUUUAUUGUCUUUGCGUAUUGUUCAAUAAGUGUGUGUACACCUACAGGCUACAUCGAACUCCAGGAGAAGCCUGGAUCGUAGAGUCCUCUCCCGGAAGCCAGAAACGCCUCUUUCGGAAUGUGAAGAAUCUGAUUGCUGCCUUUGAGAAACCAGACCAGGGCAUUGUCAUGCCGCUACUCUACCCUGUCCAUGCCGAAAAGCAGUCAUACCAGCUAAAUGGAAGAUGAUGCUCAUUGGGCUGUACAUGUCUUUUCUUGAACUUAGAUUUUUGUGGCUUGUGAAGUUUGUAUUGCCAAGGCCUUUUUGGGCAUUGUAAAUGUGUAAGAUGCUGAAAUAUGUAUUUGUCCAAAAUGUCCAAAAUAAAUUAAUUAGAUUUAAUCAAUAUGCAUCAGUCUUAAAAGUAAAAUAUGACUCUUGCAUGGAAACAUUGUUUUUUCAUCACAGUUGCACAGUGUGUCUACAAGAUGAAUGUGUUAUUUUACUAAUCAGGUGAAUGCACUUCUGUUUCUCCUACAUUCUAAUUGGCUCUGGAUCACUUUUAACAGUAAACAAAAUUCAUUAUCGUUAACUGAAAUAAAAAUGAACGGCCUCAUUUAUAAAAUUAUUUUGGAAUUAAAAUAUAAGUAUAAUAUUGUAAUAAGUAUAAUAUAAAAUAUUGUACACUUAUAUACUAAAUAUAAGUGUACAAUCAUAUCAUAAACCGAUGUAUAAGAUGUCUAUUUGUGCAAAAUGUUCCUAAAUCAGUUUUAUGCUUGAUCCACUUAAAAUGUAAUCACAAAUCAUCCUAAAAUUGUGUGCACCUGAACAAGAUUGUCAACAAGCUUAACACCCUCAAAUAUAUUUAUUUGUUUGUGUUUUCUGCCAUAUACUUGUGAAACCAUUGUCACAUGAUAUCACAUUAAUAUUUUACUUUCUUUCGUAUUUAUUUUUUUGAUAGUUUACAGCAGUGUACAUGUUGUACAGUAUUGCAUAGUUAAUAGUUACAAUUAUUAUUUUUUUAAUGGAGUUGUCACUGACAACCAUCAAUUCAAGUCUUCUGUUGCUCAUUCUCAACAACAUUUCUGUAUAAUAAUUAUUGACAUGUGAUGUAUAUUUAAUUUGUCUGAAUUUAAGCAGUUCUAUAAAGAAGAGUGGGCUAAAAUUACUCCACAGUAAUGUGAAAGACUGCUAUCAAAUUUUAAGAGGUGUUUGGUUGCACUCGCUACUGCUGAAGGUGGUGCAACCGGUUAUUAAGUUCAAGGGGGCAAUUACUUUUUCACAUGGGUGAUAUGGGUGUUUAAUAACUUUUUUAAUUAAAUAAUUUAAAAAAAAUGUGUUUUGUGUUUACUCAUGCUGCCUUUGUCUAAUAUUUUGUGUGAAGAUCUGAAACCCUUCAGUGUGACAAAUAUGCAAUAAUAGGGGAAAUCAGGAAGGGGCCUAUACUUUUUUACGGCACUAUAUGUAUGACACUGUAUUUUAUUAUUUGCUAUACAUUCAUUAGUCUGUUUUUUCUUUAAGUCAAAAUUAAAUGAUUUUGUAAAGGCCCAAGUAGACUUCACUUAUG